AUGGCAUUGUUAAAGACACUAUGCUCAAUUGAUUGUAUUAAAGGGUUCCAAUUCAGCAAUUCUCCCUUAAAUCACACAACUUAUCAGUUUUUUUUCCUGUUCUUACUGAUUGUAUGGGAUAUAGCUAUUGAUUGGGAUAUAGCUACUGAUUAUACACUUUUUUGUUAUUGUGUGUUGUGUUUAAUAGGAUUUGGCUAUUGGUUAAAUUUUGAUAUGAAGAGGCCAAAACUCGACACAGCUUCUGCACCUGUAGCUCCACAGGAUGUUGAACUUGAAGAAUCUGAUGACAUUGAUGUAGUGGAGAUAGAUGUUAAAAUAGAAGGUGAAGAAGAGGAUGUAAAAAUGGAAAGAGAAAGGUGGUCUGAGGUUUGGAAGUUUUUUACUAGACUUCCAAUUAGUAAAGAUGGCAGGGAAAGGGCGGAAUGUAAUCAGUGCAAAAAAAGAUACAUCUGUGAAACUAGGACUGGGACGGGUAGCAUGCGAAAACACAUCACAAAGUGUCCUAAAAGGGACAAAACAGACAUAUCACAGUUUAUUUUUUCAAAGCCAGGUGGUUCUUUUUCAAUAAACUCUACUGGUUUUAAACCUGAAAGAUUUCGUGAACUUCUUAGUGAAGCUAUUGUCAAGCAUGACCUUCCCUUUAAAUUUGUAGAGUACGAGGGAAUUAGAGAAAUCUUUCAGUACUUGAAUGAAAAAGUUAUCACCAUUACUAGAAACACUGCUAAAGAUGAUGUGUUGAAUUUGUUUAAAAGAGAAAAGUUGAAACUUAAGAAUCUGUUUGAGUUACUUCCUGGUAGGAUUUCAUUAACUGCUGAUUUGUGGUCUUCAAUUAAUACAGAUGGUUUUUUAUGUGUUACAUCUCACUUCAUUGACAUGGAGUGGAAGUUGCAAAAGAGAGUUUUAAGUUUUCAAUAUAUGCCACCUCCACACAAUGGCAUAUGCUUAACGGAAACAAUAUCUAGUAUAUUGUCCGAUUGGGGGAUUGAUAAAAAGUUGUUUACAAUAACGUUAGAUAAUGCUUCCAGUAAUGAUACUUUUGUCAAUCUCCUAAAAGGUCAAUUAUGCAAUGAAGGUGCACUUCGUAGUGAUGGAGAUUAUUUUCAUGUUCGAUGUUGUGCUCAUGUGUUGAAUUUAGUAGUUCAAGAUGGAUUGAAGGCUAUUGAUGAAGGCAUUGUCAAAGUGAGAGAAUCAAUUAAGUACGUGAAGGGUUCCCAAGUACGAAAAACUAACUUUAUGAAUGCUGUGAAGCAAGUCAAUUUGAUUCCAAAAAAAGGCUUGCGACAAGAUGUUCCCACUAGAUGGAAUGCUACAUUUCUUAUGAUCGAAAGUGCUAUUUUUUAUCGUCGUGCUUUUUUCCGAUUAGCACUAAUGGAUUCUAAUUAUUUGGAUUGUCCAAGUAAUGAGGAAUGGGGUAAAUUGGAAAAGAUUUUCAGAUUCUUGGAAGUAUUUUAUGAAGUUACAUGCAUUUUUUCUGGAAAUAAAUAUUGCACAUCAAACUUAUAUUUUCCUUCAGUUUCGACGGUUGAAAGAACUUUGAGAGAAGAAAUAAAAAGUUCGGAUAAGUUUAUGAAGAAUAUGGCUGGCCAAAUGUAUGCAAAGUUCUCAAAAUAUUGGUCUGAGUAUAGUCCUAUUUUGGCGAUGGUUGCGGUGUUGGAUCCACGAUAUAAGAUGCAAUAUGUUGAGUUUACUUACAAAAAACUCUAUGGAAGUAAUUUUCGUGAGCAUAGUGAUAGUGUUCGGGAGAAGUUACAUGAUCUCUUUAGUGAAUAUGUUACUAGAUUGCCUUACAAAACAUCAACUAUAUCAACAAGUGAUUCAUGCAAGAGUGUCAACAAAAAGAAUGACACAAUGCUUAGCAAAAGCACAAGAGAAAUGCUACAGGAGUUUACAGUUUAUGAAACUAAGGAGUUCGCUUUGUCUCAAAAAUCACAAUUGGAGAUAUACCUAGAUGAGCCAAGAAGUGAUAUUACAGAAGAUAUAAAUGUUCUUUCAUUUUGGAAAGCUCAUCAAUAUCGUUAUCCAGAACUCGCUUCCAUGGCUCGGGAUAUUCUAAGCAUCCCUGUUUCCACUGUAGCAUCUGAGUCAGCUUUUAGUAAUGGUGGUCGUGUUCUUGAUAAAUUUCGAAGUUCGUUGGCACAUAAAAAUGUUGAAGCUAUAAUUUGUGCAAAAGAUUGGUUGUUUGGGAUUUCAGGUGAUGAAGAGUUGUGUUUACAAGAUCUUACAGAAGAUAUUAUGGAAUUGGAUAGCAAGGGAAGUGAUACAAAUGAAGCGAUGGAAUGA